GGUGGCGGCUCGGGCGCGUCCGGGCUGCUCGUCGCCGGCGUUUAGGACGGCCGGCCGGCCGCGAGUUGACCAUCAGGCUGAACCUGACACUACUGCGUGGGACCGCGCUGACCACCCCUUGAUUGCUUUCUCUUCACUGAGGAUGUGGUGCAAACUCCAGGAGACUUGAGCCUCGAGGCUUUCUGUCUGGACUCAGUGUGGUUGCACUCCCACGCUUUCUGGCCUGCAGGAGGUCCAAGGACAGGGUGCAGGCUAACGGAGCCUAGGCUGUGGCCAUGGGCGAGGCAGGUGGUGCUGAGGCUACCCGGCACAUUGGAAGUAAAGAAGAAUUUGUUAAAGUCAGAAAGAAGGACCUGGAGCGGUUGACAACUGAAGUGAUGCAAAUACGGGACUUCUUACCCAGAUUACUAAAUGGGGAGGUACUGGAAAGCUUCCAGAAGUUAAAGAUUGUAGAGAAAAACCUUGAAAGGAAAGAACAAGAAUUAGAGCAGCUGAAGUUGGACUUCGCACACUUUAAGGCCCGUCUAGAAACUGUGCAGGCUGACAGCGGGAAGGAGAAGAAGGAGAAGCUGGCUCUUCGACAACAGCUGAUUGAAGCCAAGCAGCAGCUCCUGCAACAGGCCGAGUAUUGUACAGAAAUGGGAGCAACUGCCUGUACCCUCCUGUGGGGCGUCUCCAGCAGUGAGGAAGUUGUUAAAGCCAUCCUGGCUGGAGACCAGGCUCUGAAGUUCUUCAGGAUCACGGGUCAGACAAUGGAGAGUUUCGUGAAGUCACUGGAUGGUGAUGUUAAAGAGCUGGAUUCUGACGAAAAUCAGUUUGUGUUUGCAUUGGCUGGAAUUGUAACAAAUGUUGCUGCGAUAGCGUGCGGCCGUGAGUUCUUGGUUAAUUCCAGUCGGGUGCUCCUGGACACCAUGCUACAGCUGCUGGGGGACCUGAAGCCAGGACAGUGCACCAAACUCAAAGUAUUAAUGCUGAUGGCCUUGUACAAUGUGAGCAUCAAUUCCAAAGGCUUGAAAUACAUCAGCGAGAGCCCAGGAUUCAUCCCUUUGCUGUGGUGGCUUCUGAGCGAUCCAGAUGCAGAGGUAUGUCUUCAUGUACUGCGGCUCAUCCAGUCUGUGGUUCUGGAACCGGAAGUCUUCUCCAAGUCAGCCUCUGAGUUCCGGGAUUCUCUACCUCUGCAGCGCAUCUUGGCCAUGUCAAAAAGCCGCAACCCCCGCCUGCAGACAGCCGCCCAGGAGCUCCUGGAUGAUCUCCACACCCUAGAGCGCACCGAGUAGGUGCGCUCAGUCACCAAGGGGUUUAGUGACACGCCUGUGUCCCAAUACUCCCCAGGUUCCUGAUUUUGUAGUCAAACCAUCAGUAUGUGCCGCGUGACUGACUAGAGAUGGGCACGAGUGGAUUGGUAUCCCACAGCACUCUCUGGAAAGUUACACGCGCAGUGGGUGUUUAAUCUUUCCAGAGCAGGGAGUCAGACAAGAAUGUCCUCUGGAAUGGCCAUACCGGGACCACCUGGAAGAGGGCUUUUAGCUCCUUACCACCCCACAAGCCGCACCGUAAGGCUGGGAGACCAGCUCACCAUCUGCCUAUGGUCGGCAUUUCUCCACAGACAGUUCUUUGAAAAACAACCCAUUCUCUCUCUAGUAAUCAGAAUGAAUGCCCCUACUCUGCAUAUUUACCUUUAUAACCUUUUGGGGACCCUGCAGUUUCAUAUGACAUUGGACAUUUUAGCUGUUUAUUUUUUGGGGCCUCUAUUUUUGAAUAAAGAAGAAUAGGGAUA